AUGGUAACAGAAACCGAAGCCCGGGCUAUUUACGCCUCGGCAGUUCACUUCGACGGACUGAACAUCGCCAACUGGUCUCGCGACAUCUUCGAGUCCUGGCACAAAGGCGGCAUCACCGGCGUCUCUUGUACGUGUGGCCUUUGGGAAGGCCUUCGCGGGAGUCUUGCCAACGUCGUGCAGUGGAAGCGAUGGUUUGAGGAGCACUCAGACCUAAUCGUGCAAGCUCACAAUGUGGCGGACAUUCGUGCGGCUAAGGAAGCCGGCAAGACGGCGGUGUUGCUCUCAUGGCAGAACACGUCCGGGAUCGAGGACCAGCUCGACUAUCUCCGCGUUUUCAGAGAUCUCGGCGUACGAAAGAUGCAACUCACCUACAACACCCAAAAUUACUCAGGCUGUGGCUACUCAGAGGCCAGAGACAGUGGUCUAACGGGGUUCGGCAAGGAGGUCGUAGAUGAGAUGGCCCGGCUCGGCAUCGUGUGCGACCUUUCUCACGUCGGACCGCAGACCUCUGAAGAUGUAAUCCUGUACGCGCCCGAGGGCAAGCCGCCAUGCUUUUCGCACAUUUUGCCUGGGGGCUUGAAGGACCACCCACGCAACAAGUCGGAUCACUUGAUCAAGCUCAUCGGCAGCAAAGGCGGUUUCGUAGGCUUGUCGCAGUUCGGACCUCACAUGCCAAAGGGGAACGAUAGCACAAUUGACGACUACGUUGACGUCGUCGACUAUGUUAUCGGGCUGAUCGGGGAGGAUCUUGUUGGGAUUGGAUCGGACGCUAGUGAGGGACACGCCAGGCCGAGUGAGUUCCUGGAGUGGUGCAACAGAGACAAGGGUUAUGCUCGGCGCUUAACACCUUGGGGAAGCCAGAAGGUUGUCAAACCUUUGGGACCACUGGCUGAGCGGGCUGAGCUGGCUGCGGCCAUGGCGAGGAAGGGUUGGAGCGAGGAAAAGAUGAGAAAAGUAUUGGGCGAGAAUUGGCUGAGAUAUCUUGAGAAAAUCUUUGAAUCGUGA